GUCAACCUGGAACACACCCCGCCCCUGACGUGACGGCCCGGCGGUGGGAGGAGCCAGCCAGCGGGGCCGCACUGACACGUGCAGAGAGUGCCUGUUUGGACGGCUUUUUAGCGACGCGGCGCGCGGCGGAGGAAGGAGAAGUAGAAGAAGAAGGGGCCGACGUGCAAGAUGAGAUUUUCAGUGUUUAUUUCUGUCCUGCGGCCGAUCGGGCCGGUGAUAAUCGGCAUUUCUCUGGCUUCACGUUGAGUUUACUGAGCGUCAACUGGGUGGAAGAGUCGUGUUUAAUCGACGGGAAGGCCAACGAUGAGCUGAGUUUGUCUCAGGACGGGCAGCUGAAGGGAGCCAGGAAGCCCAGCUCCAUAGCGACGGGCAGCGACGCGGACUCCGAGGAGGAUUUCGAACCACGAAUCGUCCCGUAUAAACAAGUCCAGCAAAGUACGCCAAAGAAACUUUUCAGGGCAAAAUACAUAAGCACAGAGCUGGGGAUGCGAGAACGUCUGUUUGUCGGGGUCCUGACAUCCAAAAAUACCAUCAACACUUUGGGCGUGGCCAUCAACCGCACCAUCAGCCACCACCUGGACACUGUGGUCUUCUUCACCGGCAUGCGCAACCGCAAAGUUCCUCACGGCAUGUUUGUGGUCACUCACGGAGAUGAGAGGCUCAUCUGGAACAUGUUUCAGACCAUCAAAUACGUCCUGGAGCAUUACAUCAACGAGUACGACUGGUUCUACUUUGUCCAAGACGACACCUACAUGGAGGCCGACCGGAUCAAAGCCCUGGUGGGCCACCUGAGCAUGGACUGGGAGCUUUACAUGGGCAGACCUGAGGAGUUCAUCGGCGGGGAGAUGGAGGGCAGGUACUGCUACGGAGGGUUCGGGUACCUCCUCUCACGCACCCUGCUGCUCCGGCUCCAGCCCUUCCUGGAAAACUGCAGGAACGACAUCCUGAGUGCCAGGCCUGACGAGUGGCUCGGAAGAUGCAUCAUUGAUUACGCCAACACAAACUGUGUCAGUGAAUAUGGGGGGCUUCAGUAUUACCACUACGAGUUGGGCAAGAACUCAGAUCCGAGUAAAGAGGAGAGUGAGCAGUUCAAGAACGCCCUGACUGUCCAUCCAGUGUCUGACCCUGAGCAGAUGUACCGGUUGCACAAACACUUCACUGAGAUUGAACUCCAGAGAACCUAUGAUGAGAUUGCUAAGCUGCAGGCAGAAAUAAAGAAUGUGAGCGUGGUUGCUUUUGAGGGCAACCGAACCGCCCAAUGGCCAGUGGGGAUCAAUCCACCUUUUGAGCCGAAAUCUCGGUUUGAAGUUCUGAGGUGGGAAUACUUCACAGAGGAGCAGAUUUAUUCAUGCACCGAUGGCUCUCCUAAGUGCGAACUGCGUGGUAUUGACCAGAUGGAUGUAGCUGACGUCAUUGACAUUGCCAUGGGAGAGCUGAACAAGAAGUACAAGCCUGUCCUACAUCUGAAGAAGCAGCAGUUGAUUAACGGUUACCGGCGCUUUGACCCCACCAGGGGCAUGGAGUAUACCUUGGACCUGCAGCUGGAGGUGGUCAACCAGAAAGGUCACAGCCGUUCCAUCACCAAGCGCGUUCACCUGGUGCGACCUUUGAGCCGGAUAGAGAUCAUACCAAUGCCCUAUGUCACCGAGGCUACAAGAGUUCACAUCAUUAUACCCCUAACACUUCUGGACCGGAGCUUUGUUAACCAUUUUCUUGAAACUUUUGCCUCCAAUGCCUUUGAGACCAGUGAAAAUGCCAUUUUGACUUUCUUGUUUAUUUAUGACCCAAUAGAGGCACAGCAAGUGAACCAAAAUGAUAUAUUUGCCAGUGUGAAGGCUCAGAUAAAUACCUAUGAGCGUAAAUACCCCACGGUGAAAAUCCCAUGGAUAAGUGUCAAGACGGAGACACCAUCCCAGAUCAAGUUCAUGGAUAUCAUCUCAAAGAAACACCCUGUCGACACGCUCUUCUUUCUGGCUAACAUCAACACAAACAUCAAUUCUGAGUUCCUGAACCGCUGCCGCAUGAACUCCAUCAACAACUGGCAGGUCUUCUUCCCCAUCCACUUCCAGGACUACAACCCCGAUGUUGCCUACCACAACCAGCAGCCACCGGCCACCAUCGAUCUUGUCAAGGAUGCGGGCCACUUUGACCGCAGCUCAUUCGAAGAGGCAUGUUUCUACAACUCGGACUACAUGGCGACACGCACGCGGAUGACGGCAGAUGUCCAGGAGAACGAAGAGAUCCUAGAAAACUUGGACAUCUACGACAUGUUUGUAAAGUAUUCAGUUCUGCAUGUGUUCAGGGCGGUAGAGCCCGCGUUGCACCAGCAGUACCGCUACCAGUCCUGCAACCCACGGCUCAGCGAAGACAUCUACCACCGGUGUGUUCAGAGCAACCUGGAAGGUCUCGGGUCUCGCUCCCAGCUCGCCAUGUUGGUCUUCGAACAAGAACAAGGAAAUAGCACUUGAACACAGUGUGAAACUUACUGCUACUGCGUGUUUUGGAAUGUUUGUCAAAAGCUGUGUGUUUUGAGUGUGUUUGUUGAGGACUUUUUGUUUGUUUAGAAAAAUGAAUGCAGUACAUUCCUAAUGACACCUUUUUGCUAAAUGUUUACAAGUGUUGUCCAUACAAAAGAGGUGCUUGAACCAAAUGUGUUUGCUUUUAAAUAUUCUGCUGAUAAUCAUUUUUCUGAAAUGACAGUUGUAGUAGAUAUUCAUUGUUACGUUGCACCACAGUUCUUGUGUCCUUUUGCGAUAGGACAUCAAAAUAUGGAGCUUUUGCUCUCUGCUCAUUUGAGCAUAUUUAUCAAAGCACAUCUCUGUAUAUGUGCCUUCUGACAUAGGUUUUUCAUAAGCAGGCUCUUAUUUUUGUAAUCAUCAGGAUGUGCAAUCCAACACAUUCAAGAGAUGUGCAGAGCUUCUGUUCCAUUACAAUUUUUGGAUUUGAAUAAGCGAGAAAUAUUUUCUGACUGUCACACUGGCUAGACCUUGUUAUUUAGCCUGGAGAGGUUUAUCAUUCAAAUGGUAUUUCAUUUCCGCCUAGUGGAAAUGCUUCAUCGGAGGCACCUAGUGUUGGCACUGAUUUAUUUUUCAGAUGCAGUAUGAGAUUACUGUUGGUUGAGAAUAUGGUCCUUUUUAUUAUAAACAUGCUGUCUAGAAAAAAAAGUUGAUGUCCAGCUUGUCAAGAAGUGGUCAGCUCCACAGUGUACGGGCUGUAGCUUAACCUUGGACCUUUUAUAGGUCACAUGGAAUUAUCUUGAUCCCAUCUAUCUAUGGCUUCUACAUCUGUGUCAAAUUUGGGGAAUGGAGUUUCUAGACAGGAUCUACCUUUUGUCUCCAGAGGUCAUACACUGAGGCUGAUAUGGCCCGGUAAGACAGGGGCAUGUAUUUGAAUUUAAUUCCUUUCCUUAAAACCUUUUCUUGACUUUUUGCAAGAAAAAAAUUCAAUGCAGCAGUCCAAGGAAAAUUUAAUAAAGAUUGAACAAGGUCACCUUGGGAAAUAUCUGUGCCCGUUGCCCAGGUAUUUCAUUAUUUUCGAGAGUCUUCCUUGAGAUAAGUGGUACUUUCAAACAGGAUUAUUUGAACCCUGAAUGUUAUUUUAGAACUUUUAGAUUAAGAAUGUAAUUGUAAAAUUGCAUAUGUCAUAUGAAUGCUGUCAUUUCAUUUCAAAAAUUGUAAGAAACUUUUGGCCACAUCGUCUUACGUCUCAGACAGUUUUAUACACUAAAAUAUUAUAUUUAAUCUUUACAAAGUAGGCAUUUUGGACUGAAUUGUUAAAGGUUUUGGUAAAUUAUUGAAUGGUAUUGUGGUCCUCGAUUGACUGUGCUCUGUUUUAGAAAUAGUUGCUCUCUCCCCGUCCUAGUUUUAAUCCAAUGAGAGGCCUUUUCUGCAGUAUACAGUGGUGGUGGACGUGGCAGGUACUGGACACCUGAAAUGUCAGUUUAACUAUAAUGUGCAAUAUUGUACAGAUUACACAAUGGGAUAGCUGUCCAAUCAAGGACAGGACAAUGACGUGUGCUGCUAGUACAGCAACAUGUUUUUUUUAUACUUUUAUUUUUUACACAACUCUAUUAGAACAUAACACUGUAUGUGACAUUGCCUAAAUUAAGAUUUUCAUGUUUCCUGUUUUGUUCAUGUUCAUUAAAUACACUGUAAAUUUAUUGGACAGAAUCUUUACUGUAUUUUGCUGAGAUAAACACGAGACACUUUCAUCAUAAAAUGACUUUAAUAUACAUAAAAAUAAAAGUCUUUUUUUAUGAACUGUAAUUGAAAGUAUCUGGAAACGCAACAGUUGGAAGUGAUGACCAUGGUCACAACUGUUGUCGGCUGUAUAUUUUAAAACCCUGUUGUUUCUAAAAUGUCUGAGGUGAGCUACGGCCACCAAGUUUACAUUUCUGAGUUACUGCUUUCACCUUCCCAUAAUGCAUUUCGUCCUUGAUGAGAGCAGUGUCUUUCACCUUGACGGUACCCCAGCUGACUACACAUGGCUGUUUACCUUUUUACGAUUCUUUGAAAAGAGUGUAACACUAAGAAUAUGCUGGAUUAAAAGACGAGUUUUCCACAGCCGCUGUGAAAGCCGAAGGGUCCAGAUUAAGACACUAAAUGACUGAUUUCCAUCGACCUUUAGGAUUUGAACAGACUGACAUCAUGGCUGACUGAUCUCUCCAUGCUGUUACAGAGCGAAGCCUCCAUGUCACUCCUGUAUUUUGACCAUAACGAUUGUCCAUCAUUUGUUUCAACCACAUGGGAAUGAAUCAUUUAGAUUCAGAAUAAUGGAGGCUUCCAUCACUUUGUGUACAUAAUUAUUUUAUAGGCUGUGUAAUUUCAAGUCUUUUUUUUUUUUUUUUUUUUAGCUUUAUUUACACACUGAUGUUUUACUGUGCUGACAUAACAUCAAAGAUAUAACACGCUUUAUAUUUUAUAUUUUGUGCAUUGAAUACUAUGUCAUUUUACUAUGAACACUAUUUAAAACGGUGCAUUUGCUUACAAGUGAUCAUUCAUUAACAGUUGAGUGGCACACUUUAAAAUGUUCAAAUGUUAAUCACCUUCAUUAUCAGCCGGCAAAUUCUUAGGUUCAUGUUCAGUUUCCUUUCCUUUUUGGGACUGGACCUAUUUGUUUACUAUUUUUAAAAUCAGUUUAUGCAUAUGGGCACUAAUGUAACCAAAGUAAUUUAAUUCAUUCUUGCCUAUAAAUUAUUUUAGCAGACUCCAUCACCAUUUCAAGUGUUUUGAAAUGUGCGUACCACGUUCUAUUGUAUACUGAAACACUCAAUGAACUGUGAAAUAUUGUAAUUAUGAAAUAAAGAAUAUUUAAUUUUAAACAUCUA